UGAACAUGGGUAAAAACUAUCUCGAGAACUUGUGAAGUUUCGUUUGUCCUUUUUAUUUCUUUCAGAUGGGGAACCAGUGGUUCGAGAGCUGACACCACCUCCCACUAUAUAUCCAGUCGGGUUAAUCUCUCUCUCUCUCUCUCUCUCUCUCUCUUGUUUAGAACACUCAUGAACAUUUGAUGGUUACUGUUCUUUUUCUUCUUGGUCUUCAAGAAAUUGAAUGCGAAUGGGUUUCAACUUAAAUCUCAAAUUGGUUACUCCAAUUCGCUCCCCUUUUCUCUCCAAUGCAGCAUCUUGGUCUUCCUUAUACACAUUCUUAUGUUAGGGCCUAGGUGUUUGUUUUGCACCUUCUGUCAGUUUGGAUGGUCAAUAUAACUGUAGCACUUCACUCCAAAACCACGAGGAGAUGCAGGGACCCUUCAUAUGACUCCGGGACGGUGCCUUUUGCCUUUUUUAUUUCCUGGCAAGGUGAAAAUCUGUACAAUGAUCCUCCGAAAGCACACAAAUCUUCAUCAGCUCAACAGACUGCAGAAAAAGAGUACUUAGAAAUGGAAGGAGUAAAGAUCCUUCAGAUGACUACUGGAGAGAACAAGUUACAAGGAAGAAAGGCAUCCCAUUUUGGCUUAUUAAUGGAAAAUCUUGAUACGUUGGAGGCAACGUUCGCUGACUCAUAUGUGGGAAGGUUGGAAAGAGAUAUUUUAGGACAACUGGAAAGGGUUGGAGCUCUUAAAUUAUUCCAUAGCUGUCUAUCGAAGACCCUUAAAUCCCCAACCUUUUUUGACUUGUCUGACAUGUCAACUCAGCUUAUUAAACAGCCUUUGAUUAAUGAAGCUGUGGAUGUCCACAUUGGUGAGAUUGUUGUUCGCUCAAGGAAGAAAGAAGAAAGAAAAUCAAGAAGAGGGAGAGGUUCACCAAAAGCUUCGAUGCUGGCAUUGCCCUCAAAAUCAAUUCAAAAGGACUCUCAAUCAAAAUUGCCAUCAAAUUCUAGAAGUAGAAGACUAUCAAUUGCUAGGAAUGAGGCUGAAAUGUCGAGACAAUUUAAGUUGGUUGAUGACUUGGAAAGACUUAAAACUGCGUUGGAAGAAGAAACUGGACGAGUAGCUAGCUUGAGUAGCUGGGCGGAAGCUGCCAGAAUGGACAAGAAGAUAUUACUUCAGCAUUUGCGUUCCGGUUGGUAUUGUAAGGACGCGCUGCUGAGAAGUGCACACUCCCUAGUUCUGUACCUUGCGAGAAACUACAGGGGAUUUGGCUUGGCCUUUGAAGAUAUAAUUCAGGCAGGGAAAUUUGGUUUGUUGCAAGGUGCAAUGAGGUUUGACCACACAAGGGGAUACAAAUUCUCAACUUAUGUUCAGUACUGGAUAAGGAGGUCAAUGUCAAGAUUUGUAGAACAGCAUUCUAGGGGGAUUCGAAUUCCGGCCUCUUUGAGCAAGUCGAUGAAUCAGAUAAAGAAAGCUCGGAAUUUCCUAUACAGAACCCAUGGGAGAUACCCAGACGAUGAUGAAAUUGCAAAGUUCACAGGCUUGUCCCUAGCUAAUAUACAAUCAGCCAGGCAGUGCUUUAGAGUUGUGGGUUCAAUUGAUGAGAGACUGGGGGAUUCUUUUGGAGCUAAAUUUAUGGAGUUUACACCAGACACAUCAGUAGAGAGCACUGAAGAAUUUGUAGUGAGGCAGCAAAUGGUAAAAGAAAUACAUGACCUCCUGAAAACCCUUGAUCUGACAGAGAGGCAAGUGUUGGUCAUGAGAUUUGGGCUUUGUGGCCACCACCGCAAGUCACUUCAGGAGAUUGGGACGUGUUUCCAAGUAAGCAAAGAGUGGAUACGUAGGGUAGAGCUAAAAGCUCUGAGAAAACUAAGGGAUGAAGGAACCCAUAGAAAUUUGAGCCAUUAUUUGCAACUGUAGUUGCGGAUUAGUCUAACCAGCUUAUUCGAUGAGCUUUUUAGAGUGGUGAUUGGAAUCUUCAUUCUUGUCAACUUCUGAGUUUCGACAAGGCCAGAUGAAUCAGUGUAGUAAAUACCAAAAGCGUUUUAAUUCUGGUGAAUUUCUGAAGAAUUGAAGUUGUUUUGUUGAAUUCAAAUUGAAACUCAUGUCUGCAUUAUGAUGACUAGUUUUGGUGGUUGUUCCCUGUGCAGCGUUCCGGAUGACUAUCCAACGGCGGCAUCAACUCUGCUACAAAGAUUGACUUUUGUUAUCCUUAAUUCCUUCCAAAUGUGUCAUGUUUCUUCCCCUUUUUCCUCUUUCUUAAUUUGUUAUAUUUCGGUUAGUAUCCGAUGGUGACGGGAGAGUAACGACAUGUGUCAAGUAUCCUGCCGAUUUCCGGCAUGAUUGGUUUGACACUCAACAGCCUGGAAUGCAAUCUUCGAAAUAGUGUAGAAAAUUAAUACUGUAUGUUUGGCUCUACAAAAGAACUCCCAAGUGAUAUUCUCAGCCUGGAAUGUUAUCUUCGAAAUAUUGUAGAAAAGUAAUACAUAUUUGGCUCCACAAAAGAACUCCCAAGUGAUGUUCUCCCAAAGUUGCUGAUCCUAGUUUUCUCCA